CCCAAUCAGAGACACAGCCACAAGCACCACCGCUGUUGCACUCCGAGGAAUAAACGGAGGAUUAUCAGUAGACGGAGUUCAGGUUGUGAUGUCCACAUCUAGGUUUGACCGUGUGAGGGAAAUGCCUCUCUAUGACCAGGUCCCAGUGAAUCCUGGAUGGAGGGAUACUGAACUGCCCCCUCUCCCACCCUCACCACAACUACAUGUGACUGUGCCAGCAGUCAGCUUAGAUCCCCUCCCCCCUCCUCCCCUACCUGAGCAGCCAGCUGUGGGGCCUGAAUUUUUCUAUCCCUCCAAUGAUGACGAACCAGCUGAGGGGGACUGUGAAGCAAUGGACAUCAAGCCAGUUCAUCGCUUUAUUCCCGAUUCUAUCAAAAACCUUUUCCGGGGCAACAGUGGGAGCCGAAGCAGCAAAGGGUGGCCUGUUACUUCUACACAACUUCACUCCCCCGCCCCAUCAGCCAAUAAGAAUACCACCUGCCACACCACAACAGGAGUCCCCUGCUCACCACCCAACUCUGCCCCUCCAUCUCCUUCGCUUCCUGGCUCAUAUCGGGACCCCUACGGUGGGUCAGGGUGGGGUUAUACCUCUCAAAAGGAGAAAGAUGGAUUGAUGCUCGGUGCUGAAGCUAUGGAUUUGGGUUCUGCAGUGCACAGUAAUUUCUCAGCCCAGACCUACCAGGAGCGGGUGGAGGAGUACCAUCAGCGCUAUGCCUACAUGAAGUCUUGGGCUGGCCUACUCAGGAUCCUGGGUUGUGUACAGUUGCUACUUGGAGCUGCCGUGUUUGCAUGUGUCUGUGCUUAUGUCCACAAGGAUAAUGAAUGGUUUAAUAUGUAUGGAUACUCCCAGCCACAGAUGUAUGGAGGACUUGGUGGAGGGGCUUCAGCAUAUGGAAAUGGGGGCAGUAUCUACACAGGUCCCAAAACGCCUUUUGUUCUUGUAGUGGCAGGGAUAGCAUGGAUAGUGACUGUAAUCCUUGUUGUUCUUGGUAUGACUCUUUACUACAGAGCCAUUCUUCUUGAUUCUUCUUGGUGGCCACUGACAGAGUGCUCCAUUAACUUUGUAUUGGCAGUGCUGUAUAUGGCAGCAGGUAUAGUGUAUGUAAGAGACACAACCAGAGGAGGACUAUGCUACAUGCCCGUCUUCACUAAUGGAGUCAAUGGUGCAUUUUGUCGCACAGAGGCUGGCCAAACAGCAGCCAUAGUCUUCCUGUUCCUCACCAUGGUGCUCUACUUUAUCAGUGCAGGAGUUUGUCUGAAGCUGUGGAGGCACGAAGCAGCCAGGAUGAGAAAGGAAGUGCUGGCACAGGAGAUGAAAACCACUGGAUCAUCUAUCCCACUGUCUGUUCUGGAUUCAGCCUCAAGAGCCUCAGAGACGACACCUCUUCCUACCAUUCAGCCUGACAUCAUGAAUGCUCCAAACAAUGCUAGAUUUGCUCCUCUCAUGGCAGCAGAACCAGAGAUUCUUCGAGGUCACAUUCCAUCUGGAUAUAUCCCCAAACCUGUCAUCAUAGCAGAUUAUGUUGCAAAGUAUCCCAGCAUCCUCUCAGAUGAGGAGAGGGAUCAGUAUAAGGCCGUUUUCAAUGACCAGUAUGCUGAAUACAGAGAGCUUCAUGCUGAAGUCCAGGUCAUGGCUAAGAAGUUUGAAGAGAUGGAUGAGAUGAUUCAGAAUCUCCCCUCGAGGCCCUCAAGUCAACUGGAGAAAGAACGGAUUAGUAGCAUUUUAUCAGAAUAUCAAAAGAAGAAAGCUGACCCAACCUAUUUGGAAAAAAGGGAACGUUGUGAGUACUUAAAAAGCAAGCUGUCCCACAUCAAACAGAAGAUUCAGGAGUACAACAAUACCAUGGACUCCUGUGUGGCAUUGAGGAACAGAUCACGUGACGCAAGCACCUGCAGAGGCCAGGUUUGGAGUUCCUGCGCGCGCGCGCGAGCAUAUUUGUUUUGUUCUUCUUGUACGACGCCACUCUGUUGUUCAGGAUCGGCUUCAUCACAAGUCAAGAGGAUUGUUCUUUUUUCUAAGACGUUUGAAAUCCAGAAUCAUUCCAAGAUGCCAAGCCACCGUCACAGCAACCAUCUGUACCCGCCAAGUGGAAGUAAACACAAACAUAGGCACAGUGAGCCCAUGUCAAACCCAACCUUCUCCUACUAUAAAGCAGACAAGAACAUUCAAUUCUAUCGCUGGAAUUCCCCCCCAGGUGUGAUGAAGAUACUCUGCAUCAUCAUCGUCAUCAUGUGUGUGGCCAUCUUUGCAUGUGUGGCCUCAACUCUGGCAUGGGACUAUGACAUGGGUGUCAUGGGAGGUGGAACUGCCCUGAUGCCGGGUUUAACCGGUGGAUACGGCAGCAGCUACGGCAGCAGUUACAGUGGCUCAUACAGCGGCUCUUACGGUGCUGGUCUUGGUGGCAGUUCUGGCAGCUAUGGCUAUGGAGGAACACAAAUUGACCCCAAAUCUGGCAAAGGCUUUAUCAUUGCCAUUGCUGCCAUUACUUUCAUAGCCACACUGAUCAUAUUUAUCUUGGUGAUUUCAAGGCAAAAUGCAGCCCGUUCUUCAAAGUUCUACCUAGCACCCAUUAUUAUCUGUGCUAUUUUAGCAUUUUUGAUGCUCAUUUCCACCAUUGUCUACCUGGUGUCAGUGAACCCAACUGCACAAUCAUCAGGAUCUAUGUUAUACAACCAGAUGAUCCAGUUAUGUGCACAAUACCAGACACAGACUCAGGCCCAGGGUAUCUUCAUCAACCAGUACCUUUACCAUUACUGUGUGGUGGAGCCCCAAGAGGCCAUAGCAAUUGUCUUGGGCUUUCUGGUCGUUAUUGGCCUCAUCAUCUUACUAGUGUUCGCUGUCAAGACUCGCUCACUGAUCCAGCGCUGGGGCCAAGACCGAAUUCUCUGGGAGGAAGUGAAGAUUAUUAACCCUCCUUUCAACAACAGUGUCGGAGAGUGGGUGAAGACUGUGUCUGGUGAAGCAGAGAUGUUGGUCCGAGACCCUAAUGACAGAGUUGGGGGUUCAAGAGAGUACCUGGACAAGCUGGACUACAACAAGCCUCUCUACCUACCAGGAGACUCUGACAUAAGCAGUUUUGCAGGAGGCUAUAAAUCCAGACUGAAGGAAUAUGAUGCUGGGUUUGAGUCCGGAGAUGACUUGGAAGAAGAAGAUUUCAGUGUUUUAUUUCCACCCAUUAUGGAUGAGCAAGAGCGACUAAGUUACAAAAGAGAAUUUGACCGAGACCAUCUUGAAUACAAGAACCUACAGGCUGCGAUGGAUGGCUUAAACCAGAACCUAGCUGACCUGGAAGGAGACUUGGACAGGCUCCCUGAGGGGAGCCCACAGUAUCUGGAUGCCUUGAAUGAAUACACUCAAAUCAAAAGCUUCAAGAAGUCCUCAGAUUACCAGAUGAAGAAGAGGAGAUGCAAAUAUCUGAAAUCCAAACUGUCACACAUCAAGACCAAAAUCAGUGAAUACGACCGCCGCCCCUGAACAUUCUCCUGCGACUUGGUUCAGUUGAAGCAUAUUAUUUAAACUCUGUAUGAAGGAUGUCUUAACCAAGCCUCUCACUAUAUUCUCGCCACAGGAGAUGACUAAAAUAGUAUAGUUUUGUAUUUUUGCAUUAAGAAUACUUUCCAAAUUCAAUUGCUGUGUAUAACAUCUGUUGUAUUUAGCUAUUAAUCUGCAUCCAUAUAUUGGCUUAUUUUAUUCACUUUAAUGCCAUCUUUCUUUCUACAUAACAUGCUAAAGCUAGCUUUUAAAGCUACAUUAAAGAUUUAAUGCAUGAACUUGUGUUAUCCAUAUCAUAUGAUUGUUUUGGAAUUUGAGAUGAAAUCUUUCAUCAGGUGUUUUAUAAUAUUUUCCUUGUAUACAUGUCAAUAAUAGAGCAGCAGCUUGCUGGAAAAGGAAGUGAUACUUUGAUUAUUGAUGCAUCUCUGGAUGCAAGUGUUUUUUUAUUAAGUGUACUAAAAUGAAUUACAUUACAAACUAUCAUAUUAUUUUGAUUUUGUUGUUGCUGGGGCGUUGUUUAAUUGACAUAUCUGUAGGAUUUUCAUCUCUGCAACGUAAACGGCAUUGUGCACAAUAAAACGUUGUAGUAAUUUGUA